GGACAUCAGACGAUGUCCUCGUCAACUAUCGGACCAUGGUAAUGAGAGGCUGCAGGCUUGGGUUGUACGAUGAUCUCAAGAUGGGUCACUGGUUUGGAGGUUGUUAUCAUCCCAGAUUGUUGUGCUACUUGGGAUGCAUAUGAAUGAACGUCCGACUCCAUGUAGAACAAGAACGAACGCUCUGUUCAAGACUUUCUCCACUCAGAACUCGCUCCUUGCUCGCAGUGCAGAGAAUGUGUUGUAUUUUACCAUCAUAAUCACGACCAGUUCACCUUUAGCGAGGGACUUGACUGCAACUCAUGCCACUCCAUCGAUUGGACUGGAACUAUCUGGAGCCUCUCUUGGCGAAUACGCUGAUACUCCUCAUAUCAUGGUCGAGAAUUGGACCAUUCUUGAAGUAUAAGAAUCAGGUACCCAAGAACAGCAUGGUUCGCGCGAUCACCGUCCCCCGCUCUGCUUACCUUCGUAUCACGGAUUAUGGGCGCUGUGCAGUAUCUUGCAUUCCAGCCAUAUCACCAAGACCUGAGUCUGCGCUCCGACCUGUCAUCGAGACUCCCGAGAUACUUCAUAUAGUACUGUGCACGUCAAGCUGAUAUUCGCGUGAAAUUCUAAUAGAACGACAGAUCACUUAUCAGCACUGCGUCUGCCCUUUGGCAGCUGAUCUUUCCGAUAUCCAGACUGCGCCGGUACCGACUUGAAAGUACAAACUCAUUGUACCAAUAUCGAUCAUUCAUGAAAAACUAGGCGAAUAAUGGCACUUCACAUGUA